AUAAGACGGUAGAGCGAGCUUUCUUCGUCAACCUGGCUUUGUACUAACACUUCAUACUACUUCAAUUGCACUAUACAUACAUUAACAAUGGCGGACGAAGAUUUCUCUCUGUCUCCUGCCUCGGCGCCCAGUCCCUCGGCGCAUUUCUACCCAUUCGCGACGUCUCCGGAUAUCAUUCGAUCCCAUGAAAAAGACUUAUUUCUUACCUCAAAUCUUGUACAGCAAGCUCAGAAUAUCAUCCGCUCACUCCGCGGAGCCCGAUUUGCUCAUACCUACUCCGAAACCAUCAAGAACCUGACCGAGAUCCUAUACUUUUCCCUGACUACCCUGAUCGGCAACCGCACGCUGGGGGAGGAAUACUGUGAUCUUGUCCAAUUGGAAGAUGACACACUCCAGCUUCCUUCCUUUAUCAGGCGGGCGGGAUAUAUUGUAAGCAGUAUCAUUGUGCCCUGGAUCCUUCAGCGGAUCCUACCAGCUUUCCGCCAGCGACUACGGGUGAAGCUUGAGCGGAGCAUCGCGCGGCAACAGCUUAAGGCUCAACAAGCCAGGGAGGGGACAAAGCCUAGCAGAAAAGAUACAUCAAAGGCACCAUCCUUUUUCACGAAGUUACGAAUUCAAAAAUAUAUUCUGGAACACCUUGAUUCCAUCACGUCAUUGAGUCCUGUCUACGCUGUGAGCAUCGCGACGUUUUACUUCACCGGCGCGUACUACCAUCUGUCGAAACGCCUUUGGGGCCUGCGAUAUGUAUUUACAAAGAAGCUUGAGGAGAACGAGCAGCGGGUUGGGUACGAAGUGCUAGGAGUGUUGCUUGUCUUGCAAAUCGCAGUACAAAGCGUGCUGCAUGUCAAGAAAGUGGGGCUCAGUUUGCAGCAAGAAGAUCUUGAGACAGAGGCGACCCAUUCUACGGGCCAGGAUGAUACCUUGAUCCACUCUAUUGAGAACCCGCCAACGCUACCGCUUCUUCCUGCCUCUGAUGCCCGGUACGAUCUCUCAGAGGACUCCACUGCAAUCCCUUGGAUUCCCUCAGGGCAGCAAAGCAGGUGCACGCUUUGUUUAGAUCCCUUCAAAGACCCUAGUGUCACCACAUGCGGGCACGUAUUUUGCUGGACAUGUGUGCGAGAUUGGGUACGCGAGAAGCCCGAAUGUCCUCUGUGCCGACAAGAUGUCUUGCUAUCUAAAGUUCUGCCUCUGAGAGGUUAGUUCCAGCCAUUUUCUCUGUAUAUAAUAUAGGGUAUGGUCGCAUAUAUCAGCGUUUGAUAUCUGGUCCACAUAUAGUCCUGCUCAUCGUCCAGUUACUUUUUUUAUGUUGUCGUUUCCGGUCUUUAGAGGAAUAUAUACCCCCUUUCUCAAGUGACCUGUAAUUAAGUGCAUGCGAAGACCCACAAUGGUUCAUUUAUUUCAGGUAUAUUGAUUCCACAAUUCUUGGCAUGGCUUUUGUAGACUUGGCAUAACAACCCCUGUCAUUAUAUGAAUUG